AUGGAGCUAAACCCAGCUGGUGUCACUCGGGAGACUGAAAGGGAGCUUGACGAGAAAUACCCAAAUAGGCCACGUAAUCACGGACAGACUCUUCCUUUUCAUGACUUGUUCAUAUCGCUAUUCAACCCUCUCAACGACCUCAAAAAGAAACCUGCAGGGCCUCCAGCAGCUCGAAGGAAGGCAGGGCCCCAUGGGCGCAACAACCUCUCACCGCAUGAGUUACGUCGUAAUGUGAUUGAACGCUUUAUUUCUCGAUGGCGACAGCAAGUCGGCAAUGACUUUUUCCCGGCAUUCCGACUUAUUGUCCCCGAGAAAGACCGUGAUCGUGCUAUGUAUGGAUUGAAAGAAAAGGCUAUUGGCAAACUGCUUGUCAAAGUCAUGAAAAUUGACAAAAAUUCCGAAGAUGGCUAUAAUCUUUUGAAUUGGAAACUUCCUGGACAAAGGGCAGCAACUGCAAUGGCCGGAGACUUUGCUGGCCGCUGCUUCGAAGUCAUCUCCAAGAGACCAAUUAGAAUGGAAGUGGGUGACAUGUCAAUUGCUGAAGUUAACUCCCGACUUGAUGACUUGGCUGCCGCUUCUAAGGAGGAUGAACAGCAACCCAUCCUUGCCGAAUUUUAUCGGCGGAUGAACCCCGAAGAGAUGAUGUGGCUGAUAAGGAUUAUUCUACGACAAAUGAAGGUCGGUGCUACCGAGCGAACAUUUUUUGAAAUCUGGCAUCCAGAUGCCGAGAGCCUUUUCAAUAUUUCUAGUAGCCUUCGUCGAGUAUGCUGGGAAUUAUACCUACCAAGCAUUCGCCUUGACGCGGAUGAAGCCCGCGUUACUCUUAUGCAAUGCUUCCAACCACAGCUCGCUCAAUUCCAAAUGCACUCUUUUCAAAAGAUGAUUGAAAGGAUGAGGUUAGCUGAAGAUGAUCCUCAAUUCUGGAUUGAAGAAAAACUCGAUGGUGAACGCAUGCAGCUUCAUAUGGAGACGAACAGCUCUAUACCAGGUGGAAAGAGAUUCGAAUUUUGGUCAAGAAAGGCCAAGGAUUACACGUACCUAUAUGGAAAUGGGUUCUAUGACGAAAGUGGAUCUUUAACAAGGCAUCUGCAGAAUGCCUUUGCGGACGGAGUUGAAAGUAUUAUUCUUGAUGGAGAGAUGAUUACCUGGGAUCCGGAACAGGAUGCACCUGUACCAUUUGGUACGUUAAAGACGGCAGCUUUAUCAGAGCAGCGAAAUCCGUUUUCUGCAACUGGUCAUCGUCCCCUAUUCAGGAUAUUUGAUAUCGUGUAUCUCAACGGUAAGCCCCUGACAAGAUACACCCUUCGGGAUAGGCGCCGAGCACUAGAAGCAAGUGUGGUUCCAGUUCACCGACGCUUUGAAAUUCACCCCUAUGACGUUGGCACAAGUGCGAGUGAUAUUGAACCUUUACUUCGGAAAGUAGUAGCAGAGGCGUCUGAGGGCCUUGUUUUGAAGAACCCAAACUCCCCAUAUCGACUCAACGAGCGCAACGAUGACUGGAUGAAAGUGAAACCAGACUACAUGACUGAAUUUGGAGAAUCUAUGGACUGUAUUGUUGUGGGUGGUUACUAUGGCUCUGGUAAAAGAGGCGGAAAUAUCUCUAGUUACCUUUGCGGCCUGAGGGUUGAUGCCCAGGAUGGGGCUAAUCCGAUGAAAUGUUAUUCCUUCUGCAAAGUCGGAGGAGGAUUCACAGCAGCGGAUUAUGCAAAUAUUCGUCACCAUACCGAUGGCAAGUGGCAUGAUUGGAAUCCCAAAAAGCCGCCUACUGAAUACAUAGAACUUGCGGGUUGCGAUGCACAGCAUGAACGGCCAGAUGUAUGGAUUAAGCCUGAUGACUCGGUCGUCGUAUGCGUUAAGGCAGCAGCUGUUACACCUAGUGAUCAGUUUAGGCUGGGGCUAACAGUUCGAUUUCCUCGCUUUAAGCGGUUAAGGAUGGAUAAGGACUGGCAGAGUGCAUUGUCUGUUCAGGAAUUCAUGGACCUAAAGGCCGGUGCUGAGCAAGAGAAGAAGGACAAUGAAUUUCAAGUGGAAUCCCGCGGGAAGAAAGCCAAACGGAGUAAAAAGAAAGAACUAAUCAUUGCUGGCUCUGGCGAGGCAAAGGUCGCAUACGUUGGUGGGAAAGCCCAUAUUUUUGAUGGGCUUUCAUUCUUUGUGAUGUCCGAGUCUUUGAAGCCAACGAAGAAAUCAAAAGCUGAUCUGGAACAGCUAAUUAAGGCGAAUGGAGGAAAGAUAUAUCAAACAAACACUGCAUCAAAGAACACCUACUGCAUCGCGGACAGAAGAACCGUAAAAGUAGCGUCGUUGCAGAAGUCUGCCCUUGAGAAUGUCAUCCGACCCUCCUGGAUUUUUGACUGCAUCGAACAAAAUGAACUUGAUACCGGGGAAGAUGACGUUCUACUCCCUCUAGAGCCACGGCAUAUGUUCUUCACCAAAGAAGACCAAAAGGAGGAAAUCAGCAAAAAUGUCGACAGAUAUGACGACAGCUUUGCCAGAAAUACCACUAUCCCAGAGCUUACAGCGAUUCUACAAAAGAUGAACUUGGCAUCAGAUGAUAUAUCUGAAGAAGAUAGGCUUGAUAUCAUGUCUGACCUCUCCCUGGAUCGAGAUCAAGGCUCCGCCGAUAAUUUUGUCGCGGGGUGGCUGUUUAAAGACUUGACAAUGUUCUUUGUCCCCUGCAACCAGCCGCCCAGCGCCCCGGGCAGGCCCUGUAUCGAAAGGCUGUCGAUACGUCAGCAGCUGGCUCGAAACACGGUCAUUUUUACAGGGGCCACCGUGGUUGACGACCAGACGAACAAUCGCAUCACCCACGUUAUUGUUGAUCCAUCAGAAGACAGGGAUCCAGAGACUGGAAAGGCCAAAAGCUAUUCUGCUCUGAGAUCAGGAUUUGCAUCUCGACGGCCCAUUCCUCACUUUGUGACUGUUCAGUGGAUAGAAGAAUGUUGGAAAGAAAAGACACUGGUUGAUGAAGAGCGAUUUUUUGCGCCUAAGUGA